UCAUAAAAUCCAAUAACUGAAAUUCUCUGCACGAACUCAACUGAACUAAAACCUGUCGGCCAAUUUGCAAUUGACAAUGAUCCCUUCUGCACCUUCUAAAAUACUCAUAGGCCUCUCAUUAGACUCAGAUGACAGCAAAGAAGCUCUCUCAUGGGCAAUCAGAGUCCUAGCCCAUCCAAAUGACACCAUUGUUGCCAUACACAUUCUUGUUGGUGAUGAGAAGAAGAAGCAUGAGUUGGCAAAGAAAAAGCAAUCAAAAUUUCGCCAGGCUAAAGCCUAUGUCAUAUCUGUUCUUGGAGAAUUUGCCCAGACUUGCCAGUCUAAGCAGGUAAAUUUGGAAGCUAGAGUGGGUUUCAGCCCCAGUGUUGGAAAAGGUUUGAUUGAGGAAGUGAAAUCCAGUUCAGCUAACAUUCUUCUUCUUCGUGGCUCAAGAAACAGUACAAAUAGGUAUUGCUUUAAGCAUGCCCCAGAUAGCUGUACAUUGGUUUCAGUUGGAAAAUGUGGAAGAGCUCAACAAUAUCUAGAUACAUAUUCUCCAAAUUCUGAAGAAAGUUAUCAAUCUAGCUUAAGGUGGUCAAAGGGGAAUAUUCAUAGUGACAGGGCAGCCUCCCCUGAUCAAAACCCUGUUUUCUUGGACAACAAGAAAGACAACCAUUCACCAACAACUAUACUAGAUGAACUUAGGGGAGAAUCUUACAGCACAGAAGAUGAUACUUCUAGCUCUGGGGACACAAGCAACACGGAGUCUCCUCCUCUUGCUUCCAAGUUUAAGAUCCAAUCCAAGACAAGGAAGCAGCAGCUGUCUCCGUACAAACUUAUUGCCUCAUUCUUUGGUUCUCCAUUAAGGAAAAGAAAUGUUAGUUUAUCCAACAAAGAAAUGAAGCAGCCUUUGAUUAAGUGCUUCAGCUUUGAGGAAAUCUCCAAUGCUACAAACAACUUCCACCAAGAUUAUAUAGUAGGCCAGGGCGGGUAUUCAGAAGUAUAUAGAGGUGAUCUUUCUGAUGGAAAAACCAUUGCAGUGAAGAGGUUGGCCAAGGACAACAAGGAUGCUAAAAAGGAGAAAGAGUUCCUCACAGAAUUGGGUAUAAUUGGACAUGUAUCCCAUCCUAAUACAGCUGACUUGCUUGGGUGCUGUUUUGAAAAUGGACUCUACCUAAUUUUCAAUUUCUCCCAAAAUGGAAAUUUGUCAACUGCAUUGCAUGGUAAAACAUGCAAGUCACUUGAGUGGUCAAUUAGAUAUAAGAUUGUCAUUGGAAUUGCAAAGGGUCUGCAUUAUCUUCAUGAAUGUUGCAAGCAUCGAAUAAUACAUCGUGACAUAAAGGCUUCAAAUGUCCUUCUUGGUCCAGAUUAUGAACCCCAGAUUACUGACUUUGGGCUUGCAAAGUGGCUUCCUAACAAAUGGACUCACCAUGCUGUGAUUCCAAUUGAGGGUACAUUUGGGUACCUAGCACCAGAGUACUUCAUGCAUGGAAUUGUGGAUGAAAAGAUUGAUGUUUUUGCAUUUGGGGUUCUUCUUUUAGAGAUCAUCACUGGGCGGACGCCUGUGGAUUCAUCAAUGCAAAAUAUCCUGCUUUGGGCCAAGCCUCUUAUGGAGUCAGGAAACCUUGCCCAACUAGCUGAUCCAAAAAUGAAAGGCAAAUAUGAUGUGGAACAGUUGCAUAGAGUAGUGCUAACAGCUUCUUACUGUGUAAGACAGUCCUCAGCAUGGCGUCCAUCAAUGAGUGAGGUGUUGGAGCUUCUAACCAAUGGCCAUGACUCUGGGGUUGCAAAGAGCUGGAGGAUUCCCAAGUUUACCUCAGAUGAGUUGGAUGAUUACUCCAUGGUUUUUGGAUAUGAUGUUCCAUCAGAUAUUUCUCUGGAGGAUUAUUUAUGAGUACAUAGGUCAAUUUUUAUUUCUCUUUUUUCCCAUCUGAUGAUUUUUGAGUUUCUUGUGACAGGAGAAUCAUAUAGUUUGACUAAGAAUUAAAUCAAAAGCUGGCUGCUUAUUUGUAACUUAUGUAUUUUGAAGUCCUGGAUUGGAGGUUAUGUAGAGUACAAAAGUUUCAAAGAUUUCUUUGUUUGU